CAACGACCUUGACGAACUUUCAAAUUGAAAUUGUGUGUGUAGUUAAAAUGAGUGAGACGGAGUCGCACGUUAGUAUCAAAUAUCCGAAGUCAAGACAGCCAAAACUGAAUAGUAGCAUACGGCUAAUGCACCGUAGAGGACUACUGAAUACGUCAAGAAGACUUGUUCAAAAGUCAGUGAAUCAGUCGAUCAAUUCAGGAGCAUCUCUACGUAACAACAAUGUUUCACUUGCAAAGAAAGUAUCCGAAUUGCAGAUCGAGCUCAAUACUCAGAAAAUGGCUGCACAGCAGGCCAAUAUUGACCUGGUGAAGUGCCGUGUUGAGUUAAUGCGUCUCCAUUCAUAUAAAGAGGCUAGAGAAAGGAUUAAGAAUGCUUUUUUAAGCAUACAUGAAUCCUUAUGUUCUCAAAUGGAAAUGGGGAUUUCUGUGAUUAGCCUUGUAAAAGAGACCAUGUGUUUGUUGGAUUCAAAUGAAUCGUCUAAUCAAGUAACAAAGUGUCCAAGUAUACUGGGUGACACGACGGUUGAUUUUGAUGCAACUCUGUCUAUUUGUCGGGGAUUAACAAGACGUGCACACGUGACACGAAGAGAUUUUCGUCAUCGGGAAUUCAACAAUAUUCCUGUAAUGGAAAAUUCACCCCAUGCUUUGACAAAUAAUCCAAUAGAAGAAAUACAAUGUCUUGGGACACAUGGUAAUAAUACAAAUGAAGAUAGAUACACCAAUGAUCAACAGUUAAAUCCAUUACCGCCUGGGGAAACUUCAAAUGUUGGUCCUUCAUCACAGCCUUUUGAGGAAAAUUUGUCAGUUCCGUCAUUUCCCGCUGCAGAAGAAGAAGAAGAAUUGCCCGAAAUACUCGCUACUCCACGUACUUGUGUUUCUCAAAACAAAGAUGAUGCGGAAAGAGAAACUUUGACAAGAAAAAAUGUGGAAGUGGAGAUUAAUGAUAACUUAGAUUUCAAUAGUCCAAUCCAUUCUCCAGUAAACAGCUUCAGACACUUGGAAAAUUCAGCACAGCAUCACUCGACAACUGAAUCUCCGGUGAUUAAUUUACAAGCUGUGUGUAACCAGAAUUCGGAUGUUGUUCCCACUUCGAGGACUGAGACUGUGACUAUGCCGCCUCCUGCUGGUGUUGUCAACAGAAAUGAAAACAAUGUUGUUGUUCAUCAUGACGAUGGCUCAACAAGAUCUCAUUUAGUCAGGCAAGCUCGUUUAAAUUCGAAGCCUAUUAUAGAUACAUCAUCGUUUCUUGAACCACCAGUUGUUAAAAGAAAGUCAAAGAAGGUUGUUAAACGUCGGUUAAUUCGUUCUGCAGACAGUGAGGAUGAUGAUGAUAAUGAUGAUUGUGAUAAAGGUAAGAAUACCAAAACUAUGAAGCAGAAUGAUGAUGAUAUCAAUAAAACUGACGGUAAAAGUAGAUCAAAAAGUUUAAAAGUAAGAAAAACAAACAACCCUGAUAUUGUUGAAAGUGUACCACAACAAACUGGACGUAUUAUUGAAACAUGCUUUCGUCGACCUGGUCAGUUAACAUUUAAAGUUGAUGCUAAGAAUCCACUUAAUACCUGCGCUAGAAGUGGUACUGUUGUCAACAGAGAGAAUAAUCCAUCAUCUACUGUCGAAAAGGGGAAACAAAAGACAAGAUCAAAGACGAGGUUCACCGCCUGUAUUACAGGUUCGAAGUCUCCUGAUAGUGACAAAGAGAACAUUGCAGGGAAUGAAAGAAAAUUACCACAGGGAAUUAAAUCCGCAAAUGUCUUCGAUUUAUCAAUGAAUCAAACAGCUAACUUGUCUGUACUUCCACCUACUUUGAAUGAUUUACGCAUUAGUAAACAAAGAGAAAAGUGUCAACAGGAAGUUGAGCGAUUGAAAGACAGGCAAGAUGAUGAUAGUUCUAAAGGCCAGAUAUCCAACACGGCUUCAGUAACAACAAAACAUCGAGUUCUUGGAGAAUUACAACAGAAUGGAAAAGUGAAUUCACCGCUAGUUAUUAGCAAUAAAGGAGAGAAUUAUGCUGAAGGUGGUAAUCAGCGUCUGUCUGUCCUACUAGUUCCAUUAACUAGUGAGAAUCAACCUCCAGACUCCGGUGCAAAAGAAUCUAAUUCAAGAAAAAGUAAAUUUCGUCGUUUAUAUUUACACGAUCAUGGCGAUGAGAAUGAUGCUGUUGCCAGUAAAAGCAGUAGUAGUACUGCUCCCAGUAAAUCUUUGAGAAACAAGAGCAAAUCAACUGCCAAUAUUGUUGUCGAUCCACUCAUUACAACGAAUAAAGUAAUUAGUAGGGGAUCAUGUGAACGAAAAAGGUAGUAAAUAUAUUUUUAUGAAGAUUACUUUAUUCCACUGGCAAACAUCAGCUUUUAUUCGAUCUAUUUCCGCAGCUGACAUUGGGGAAAUCACGGGGAUUGGCUAGUUGCGUGCAUUUCCGUUUCUCUUUUUUGAUUUGGAUAAUUUCCUUCAUACACUUACUUGUAAAUAUGAUAGUCGACUGAAGGACUCAAACACACAGACACCAGUGAUUCAUCUCAUCACAAACCAUCUACUCUGUGAUCUUGUUUUCCUUUUUAAAAUAUUUUGUAUUCUAAUAAAAAUACAGCUGAAUUCAUAAUAAUCAUACACUAACUCUUUUUUGAACUUAGAGUGCAUAUAUCGCUCUGGUUCCUCAUUCUUUAUGUAUUUUUUAAAUUUACUAAUUAUUGGUUCCUAUGCUUAUUUUCGUUGCUGUUGUGAAUGGGGUAAUAUUUCUUGUCUUUGUAUUUGUAUCUACUUCUUUUUUGGGAGGUGAAAUUGAUGUUCAGUGUUUUCUUGUGUCUUGUCAAAUGGGUAUUUAUUUUCUUUUAUUCCAAAUACAAACUUGAUGUACAUUAUGG